AUGGUAAUGACAUUAUGCGGUCCGGAUCUGGAUACACUGAAGCAGUCCAAAAAGCAAUUUUUCACUUUUCAGUUACAUGAGAUUGGGUAUGUGCAUCGCGAUAUUAAAGCAAGUAACAUAGCGGUGUCGGUUCAGGAUCGCCAUGUACUGUAUUUGGUGGACUUUGGCAUGGCUCGAAGAUAUGCUGUUUUCUCUAACAAGCGAUGGUCCAUCAGACAGCCGAGGAAGAAGGUUGGACAUUUUUCUUAA